AUGUGGAUUUCCCUCGCAGGUCCUGCAAAGACUUUACCAGCGCUCAACGGACAAGCCAGAGUGCAUACACGAACGUUCACCCAGCAGAGGCGAGACGGGCAGCGUCGGUUGGCUCCAGUGCCGCCUCGGGGCGUCAGUGCCGCACGAUGCCCACUCAGCAUGGACGAGCGUCGCCUUCACGCGUCCGACAGGCACGACGCCAAAGCGUCUGCUUCGUUUCGCCCCAAACUCGAGUGCGUACCGAGUCAGUGCUUUCUACCGGCAGCAGAGGUAGCUGCCAUUCGUGACGAACGAGCGCAGCGGCUCAUACAGCGGCUGCAGCGCGUCGCUGCCGACGAGACUAUCUGCUUUUACACGAACGAGCCGGCGAACCUUGAGGACACGAAAAAGCCGGCUUUGGUGUUGAUUCACGGUUUCGACUCAUCUUGUUUGGAGUUUAGAGCAUUGCUCCCGGAACUCGAGCGGCUGUUGGCACCCUGGGUUCGUCUCUUUGCUGUAGAUGUGUUCGGCUGGGGCUUCGGCGCUCGGCCUUCUGGGUUAGACUACGGUCCUGCAGGAAAACGAGCUCACUUGAAGCGCUUUUUGCUGCAUGUUGUCGACGGUGGUGUCGAGAACCUGCAGACGCCGCUGGUGCUAGCAGGGGCAUCACUCGGCGGUGCAGUGCUGACGGACUACGUUCUACAUGCGGAUGCUGCGGAGCGGGAACGCAUUCGAGCUGCUAUCUUCAUUGACGCGCAGCUCUUCGUAGAUGGGAAGGGGUUUCGUUUCCUGGUACCCCCGUUGGACUAUGUGGGGUUGUGGGUCCUCCGAUCGGCGGCACUUCGCCAGUACGCGAAUAAACUAGCGUUUUAUCGACCUUCGGAACACGCGACGGAGGAUGCGCUGCGUAUCAGCCGUCUUCCUUGCCUCAUGGCGGGUUGGAUGGAAGCGUCUCGAAGCUUCCUGCGCGCGAAUGGGUACACGAUCUCCGAAGAGGUUGCACAGUUGGCGUGCUUUCGCCUACCGGUGCUGGCUAUCUGGGGAGCGGAGGAUCGCAUCGUCCCGCUCAGUACGGUAGAGCGGCUGCGGGGCUUUUAUCGAGACCAAAGCUGUGCGGAUCUCGUACAAGUGGACGUUAUCCCUGAGUGUGGUCACCUACCUCACUUGGAACGACCCGAGCAAGUCGCGAGCAUCAUGGAUCGCUAUGUGCGGGAGAAGCUGCUCGCGGGAGAUAGCGCAACCGUCCAUCGGUCCCAGCUCAGCUAG